AUGAAGCGCUUCAUCCGAAAUUUGGCGACGUUAGCUUUGGUCGCAAGCAUCAGGUUGUCGCAUUCGGCCUAUGCUUUCUCGGCCGAAGUUGGCAGCCUUGUAACACGUCCAACGAAAAGCCUACCAAGAAAUCUCAAGGCCAACCAUCAGCGCGUCGCCAUUCCAGAUCCGGCACCAGGCAAACUUGAAGUAGUUGUGCCUCCUAAAUUGAAACCCAAAUGGAUGCCGAUUCGUUGGAUGUUUCGCCUUUUGCGAGUUUACGGAUGGAGUAAUCUGCUGCUUCUGGCAAUGUUUUUCGUUAACGCAAUUUCAAGUGUCGUGUUCACCGCAACCAAAGCUUUCACCCUGAACAAAAUUGCCAUGAAGCGUUUUGCCGGAUUUAUGAUGACUUAUUCUAUGACCCCUUGGGUGGAGCUACGCUUUGAUUUUGGGAGGAUGCUGAGCUACUUUCCGUUCUUGAUUCGUUCCGAAUCCAAACUAUUCACCCUUCGCAAACAAAUGAGAUCGGCCGAUGAGAUCUUGGGCGAACAGCGACUACCAACCGAUGGAGAAUUUAUCAGCCAUAUUAUUCAACGCACUCCAUUGGCCUUCUACACUGAAAACACAGCCACAAAACUUGUAGCAGACUUGAGUCGCACCCAAGCUGUCGAUACGUACGCAAACACGUUCGUCAACCAAGUCUAUAAAAUCGAAGUCGAUAAGAGAUCCUCUGAAAUUACGAUAUACACCAAGGAAAAAGGCCCUAUCACAAGGUCCAAAGACGGCGACGAUACCUUUGAGCUCGCCAAGAUGCAUGCCCUUACUUCACUUAGCUACUUCAUUGCCGGUAUUGGUCACAGCUGGGUCCACUUUCUGUUUAUGGAUGCCGCCGCCGCCACCACUCACAAUUUGUUGCGCAAGAAACACAAAAACUCUGUACUUUACAAGUUACUCGAACCGCAUACUCGUUAUACGUCACGAAUCAACUGGGAGGCCCUUGGUGUGCAAGGUAACCUUGUCUUGGGAGGCAGUGCUCUGAUUCGCAUGGCGGGUGAAGCAUCUGCAACAGCACCUAGAGGUGUACCACCUACCGCCUUCGUCAAGAUGAUGGAACCCUGGACGCCUUUCCCCAUGUCUGGCAGCGAGUUUGUGCGCAACAACGCCAAACGCACGACUGACUACUAUCUCUAUACUGACGAGUUCGCGUGCCCACCUAAAUGGUUAGAGGGGCCGAAUACAGAAAUUCCGUAUAUUCGGGGAUUGAAGCGGUUUUAUCCGAUCAUCAAGGAACAUGUGGCCAACGUGUUGAAGUACGAGGAUGAAGGGCUUGUCGAUGCUUUCAUUGCCGAGAUGGACAAUGCAGCGCGGGUUGAAAGGGACAAUCUCGGUCUCCAUCUGCAGCGUUUCGAUCGAGUCGAUAUUAUCGCGAGUAUCAUCUACGACGCCAUGAUCAUUCAUUCCACUGAUCAUUACUUUACACACGAAGUCUUUCGCAAGACUAAUUUUGGCAUUGGUACGCUGCGCCAACCCUUUCCUGUAAAUUGGUUUCCCGGAAGACGAGUUCCAGAAGAUAUUUGCGACCCCGAGGAUCGCGUUCGAUACGCUAACUUUGCUGAUGUCUUCGUUCAAUGGAACGACAGCAAAGUAUUUAGCAACAAGCUGUCCAAGAUAAACUAUAAGUUUCGACAACCCGAGCUGAAAAAUAUCGGUGCGAAGCUGGUGGAUCGUAUUGCAACAGAACACGAUCGCAUGACCGAAGAUGGAGAUAUGUUUUGUCCAAUGGAAAAGAUCUCUCGAAGUAUUUGUUGGUAA